GACCAGGUCCCUGGGCAAAAGAAUGAAGGGCGCAAGCCCAGGAGAGGCGUUGGCUCGUGGAGACUGACCUGGAGGGGCGGGGGCGGCGCGGAGGAGGCGGAGGGCGGCGGGCAGCUCCGCUCCAGCUCGUUUGCCAUGUCCCGCCAGGCGAAGGACGACUUUCUGCGGCACUACACAGUCUCCGACCCCCGGACCCACCCCAAGGGCUACACCGAGUACAAAGUCACCGCGCAGUUCAUCUCAAAGAGGGACCCGGAAGAUGUCAAAGAGGUGGUGGUCUGGAAGCGGUACAGCGACUUUCGGAAGCUGCAUGGGGACCUGGCCUACACCCACCGCAACCUCUUCCGCCGCCUGGAGGAGUUCCCUGCCUUCCCCCGCGCCCAGGUGUUUGGCCGGUUUGAAGCCUCAGUGAUCGAGGAGCGGCGAAAGGGGGCCGAGGACCUGCUUCGCUUCACUGUGCACAUCCCCGCGCUCAACAACAGCCCCCAGCUCAAGGAGUUCUUCCGGGGUGGAGAGGUGACACGGCCCUCUGAGACAUCCAGGGACCUGCACAUCCUGCCACCCCCUCUGAUCCCCACACCACCCCCUGAUGAGCCGCGGGUGCAGCCUCACGAGUCCUGGCUGCCCCAGCCUCUCCCUGCAGAGAGGAGGGGCCUGGAGGAGUUGGAGGGGCCAGUGGACCCGCCACCAUCCAGCCCUGCCCAGGAGGCCCUGGAUCUCCUCUUUAACUGUGGGAGCACCGAGGACACGUCCGGUUCCCCUGCCCGAGGCCCCCUCACCGAGGCUGAGCUUGCCCUCUUCGACCCCUUCUCCAAGGAAGAAGGUGCAGGCCCCAGUCCUACCCACCUAGGCGAGCUGGCAGCGUUGGAAGCAGAAUCCGAAAGGCUGGACCAGGAACCCUGGGAGCCAGGAGGGCAGGAGGAGGAAGAGGACGAGGAAGGAGGGCCCGCCCCUGCCUACCUGAACCAGGCCACCAAGCUCAUCACCCAGGCCCUACGGGAUGAGAGGGCAGGCGCCUACCCUGCAGCUCUGCAGGGCUACCGGGACGGCGUGCACAUCCUGCUUCAGGGAGUUCCUGGCGACCCAUCGCCUGCCCGCCGGGAGGGUGUGAAGAAGAAGGCGGCUGAGUACCUGAAGCGGGCAGAGGAAAUCCUGCACCUGCAUCUGUCCCAGCUCCCCCCCUGAGAAGGGAGUGGGCUCUUUCCUAAGACUCUAGCUCCAGCACUGCCAGCCACCCUCUUCUCUUCUGGUGCCUGGUCUGAUCUUCUGGUCUUGUAACUCCAGAGGCCAUUUCUGUGUGUAAUGGGACCAAGAAUGAGAAAAAUAAUGAA